CUGAGUCUCACUCAUCCGGCUCUCGUCGCAAUCGGUCCUGUUUUUGGCGUAUUUCGCUGAGAUUUAAUGCGAUGGAAGUGAGGCUUGCUGCGUCAGCUGCACGAAUGCACCGAAUUCGUGCUCGGACAUUCUUGCCACAGUAUCCAGUUAUUCCAAAAUACCCAAAAUGCGCUUCUUUUGCUUCAUAUGCCGUGUCGCGUCCACACCAUCCAAAGCCGGAGCACUAUGGAGUGCCAAGUUUGGACCAAAGUCUUGAAAAGUAUCUCGCCUAUGCAAAGCCUCUGGUCACACCAGAGGAAUGGGAAAACACGCGUAAUGUAAUUUGAAUCUGCAUCGAUGCAGCGAUGGCUGCAAUUUUUCAGAUUGUUUCGCAGUACCUUUCAUCAACCCACGUCGCGAAACUACAAGAGCAACUUGUUCAGCGAGCCAAGAUGGAGGCCAAUUGGCUUUUCGACUGGUGGCUCAGUACCUAUCUAAGCGCACGCGAUCCUGUGGUGAUUAACUGCAGUCCGGCCAUGAAGAUGAAAACCAAUGUGUUUCGAACUGAUCAGGAGUGGCUCGCUUAUGCCACCGCUGUUGUUCUGGGUGUACUUGGAUUCAAGGCACAACUCGAAGGAAACUCGCUGGACACGGAAUACUUUCCUGAUGGCUGUGCCAUGUGUAUGGAGCAGUACUACGCCGUACUGGGAAACUGUCGAAUUCCGGGUAGCCCGUACGAUCGAAUGCGAGCUCGUCUGGGUAGUCCCUUCACUACCAGAAGCGUAAAUCACAUUUGUGUCAUCUAUCGGAAUCGAGUAUACGAGAUGGGAUUUUCCGACGCUGUCACUCGAGAAACGAUCGGCCCUGCCCUACUGUAUCGUCAGCUAGAGCACAUUGUGUCUACUGGUCAGAAUCAACCCCCAGGUUAUCCGGUAGGUCUGUUCACUACUCUUCCGCGGGGCGAUUGGAACUGCUUGCACUCAGUCAUCAGGCAAAACUUGAAGAAUGCCAACACCCUGACCAAGAUUGAAUCCUGUUUGUUCGUCCUUUGUCUUGAUGAGUCGGCUGGAAUACCUUCGCAGGAUACCUCGGAACGUGUCCAGAGUGAUCAAUCCGAUUUGUUGGAUGACAGGGAGACAGUGAGUGCGCACAAUCUGCUACAUGGUAAUCUGAUUAACUCUGGGAACCGGUGGUUUGACAAAUCAAUUCAGUUUAUCGUCACUCGCGAUGGUUGUGUCGGACUCAACUUUGAACACACCGCGGCCGAUGCUGGAGUAAUGGUCCCCAUAAUUUCUCACGUGUACGAGACCCUAAAAAGCCCUAUAUCCGCAGGCUCUACUCGGUUGCCGGUAUUCGCGCAUCCUCAGGAAUUGUCCUGGCUCCUUCCAAAGACUAUUUUACCUGAGUUUGAUUCAACAAAAGAUAAGCUGAAAGGGUUGAUCGACUCGCUGGAGUUGCAAUACGGCGAAUUUCGGAAAUUUGGCUCCUCUGUCAUCAAAAAUGUACAAGCGAGCCCGGAUGCGUUCUUCCAAAUAGCCCUCCAACUUGCCUAUGCUCAACUGCAUCCCAACUUGCCUCCACCACCAACUUAUGAGACCGGCUCACUUCGGCGAUUUCAUUUAGGUCGCACCGAGACUAUCCGAUCCUGCAGUCAAGAAAGCGUGCAGUUCACACGGGGAAUGCUGGAUCCGAACUGUCCCGUAGAGGACCGAGUCAAACUGCUUCGUGCAGCGUUACGCCGUCAUCAGGAUUACACUAAAGAAACUUUGGCUGGUCAGGGAUUCGAUCGACAUCUGCUCGGACUCCGUAUGUUGGCUCAAAGCCUUCCAGGAUCAGAUCAGGGGGGUCUCCAGGAGCUCCAAAGCUUGUUCAUGGACCCCACGUACUCUAAAAUCAACCACUACCGCCUGUCAACCAGUCAGGUAAAAGCUGAUGAUGAUGCGACUGUAGCAUUCGGACCCGUCGUUACCGAUGGUUACGGAGUAUGCUACAACAUACAUCCAAGCUACAUUCAGGUGAUUGCCUCGUCAUUCCGACCCUCAACCGAUUCGGGCUCACCCACUGCGUUGCUGAAGCACACGUUCCAAUCUUUGAAUAACAUGCUAGACCUCAUGCAGCAGCCUUACAGUGAAGCAUAAACAACCAGAUUCUUUACUUGGCGUGAUUCUAUUCAGAUACUCUUUCUAGUUGAUUCUUAUGUUUCAUGUUGGAACUAUGUGGCACCCUACCUGUAUUUGCUUCUGCCUUCUAUCGGUCAGAGUCUCGUGUGAACUUGAACACUGACGCUGGCCUAAUUUUUUUUCGCUCAGUGCAAACAACAGUCCUUUGUCUUUGAUACUGACUAUUUCCAUUUUGUAUUUAUUUUUUGGGUGGAGACAGAAACACCUUGGUUCCCCGAGUGUUUUUCUAACCUGUCUAGCGAUGCCCUUCGUGUCAUUAUGGCGAAUUGUCGCCAGACUUUCUGGUGUAACUAGCCCAGUCUCAUCCGCUUCGUCAUCGCACCUGUUCAUGUCUUAUAGUAUUUGAUUAAUCAAUAUUGGAUCCCCAA